GAUAAUGCUGGCGCGAUAAGGACCAAUCACAAUUCUAUCCCGCAGAAAGGCCAGCAAAGAUGCCCGCGACGCCGCGCUUUGUCGUCCGACAAGACGACGCGUUCGUGUACGUCGACAUUCACGUGCCGUACGUCCGCGUCUCGGAGCUCGAGUACACGAUCGACGGCUGCAGCUUUCACUUUUACUGCAAACCGUACCUGCUCAACCUCACCUUUCCGCUCGAGGUGGUCGACGACGACCGCGCCAAGGCCGUGUACGACAUCAACAAGGAAAAUGGUACCAUUUUCGUGCAUUUGCCCAAGGCGACGCAGGGCGCGCACUUCCCGGACCUCGACCUGCUCACGACGCUUCUCCAGCAAAAAAAGUGGAAGCCCCAAGACAACGGUCUCCCUGAUGCGUUGCCCAAACCGCCGUUGAUUGAGGUCGUCGCGUCAACUUCGAUGACAUCGGAGAUCGAGCCCGAAACGACAAUGCCGGCGCCCGCACCGAUCGCGACCGACGCGAGCUUGCUGUCGCUUGAGACCAAGGCGCCGCCGAUCACAUUGCACACUGGCCCGCCAUCGUACGGGUUCAAUAACCGGUUUACCGACUUUUUCAAGGUGUGGCAUGGCGAAGUGUCGGAAAUUCUCGCCUUGCCGCUGCCCGACACGACGCCCGCGACCGAUCGCGCGGCGCUCCAAGCCGCCACGGAAGACAAGGACUUUGACGUCGAGCGCUACUUGAUCGACUUUGGAGGCGCGGACGAGGAUGAGUAUUUCGCCGAGGCGCUGCGCUUCUCGCCGUUCUGGGCGUCGCUGCCAGUGACCAAGCCGCCGUCAACGUCGCUGAUCCAAGACAUGGAUACUCUUUCGUUGGACCCGGUCUUUGAGUUUACGGAAGCCGAGCAAGAACUCUUGCGGCGCCUGCCGCACCGCGAACACCUACUCUCGCGCGACGAGCAGGCCGUGCUGCUUGGUGGUCUCUGCGACCUCCUUGCGGCGUAUGCCUACGAUGUGCGCUCGACGACAGGCGACGCGACGGUCGAGUCGGCGUGGACGAUCAUGAUCAACAGCGCGACGCUGGCGUGGCUCAACCCGAGUGCCGACCUCGAUGCCGUGGCUACGACGAGCCUCCGGCGCAUGCUCACGUACCCGCUAUUGCGCCAGCACACACUCGCGCUGCGCGUGCUGGACGACGUACACGACAUUCUCGCCCGCGGCAAGCGCGUGGUCCUGCGCUGCUUGCUGCGAAUUUUGGACGUUUUGGCCAAGUCGGACCAGCACUACCUGCUCAACACGCUCUUCCUUGACGACUACUGUGUCUGGAUCCAGCGCCAAAGCGACGCGGCGCUCUUGGACCUCGCCCAACGCCACAAGGCCGCGACCAACAAGCUGCGCGCCGACAAGGACGCGUGCGGCUGGGCGCUCAAGCACAUGGAAGCCAUGCUCACGGCCGCCACGAGCGAUGAGAGCAGCAGUGAGGACGACGACGAGAGCAGCAGUGACGACGAGAGUAGUGAAGACGAGGCGUCGUAAGCUGCGCGUUCCACAACUGAUGUUUGCCUUGAUGUAACGGUCUCUGUCUGCGCACCGUUACAAAAUGCACACGUUGUCGUCGAAACCGUCAGUCUACCACGUCGUAUCGACCCAAUCGGCGUGGCCGAAUCUCGCAUCCUGUGCUGGGAUUGGCUCAAAAGAUGCCACUCGACGACACGACCCAUUGCAC